AUGAUGACUAAGUGUAUUUAAUUUUGGAGAUCAGUAGAUAUCUUGCUGUUGCUUAAAAUUACGAAAAUGGAUUUAAUAUCAACAAUAAUCAGCUCAAUUUAACCUGACUACAUCAGCUACUUUCUCUGCAUCAUUUUUUUUUUUAAAUAUUUUCAAUAUUGUAUUGAAAAGAAAUGUAAGGAUGUUUUUGUAUUUUUGCUCAUGAUAAUUGGUACAAGAGUUAACAGUGUUUAUAUAUCCACACAUAUGUUUGGUAGAAAUACAGACAGAUGAGGGGUGAUGAAUAAAUACAAUGUUAUUUAAUGCAAUAGUGGAGUACAGUGAGACAAUCUAUAGAACAAACUCGAUCUGUAAUUUAGUCGCUCCAUCAGUCUAAUGACCUAAUGCAACAAACUGAAAGGCCUACCUUUGGUUGGUCUGCAUAAGCCACCUGAUAUCAGUGCCAAGUAAAUUGAGUUAGGCAAGGUAGAUGCAUCCACCCCAACUCUGUGGUAAAUUGAAUUUCUCAGAGAUGAUAAAGUGUUCCUAAUUAUGAUAGGAUUACAUUUAGCGAUGUAUUGUUCGUUUUAACUGAAAAGUUUUUUUUAAAUCAAACUUGUUCAAUCAAAAUGCUUCUUAUUGAUAUAAAUAAUAAACACUAAAGGCAAACUUUUUGUCUUUAUUACUUCAUUUUUGAACAUGUUGUUAUUUACGACUCAAUAUUGACCUCAAAUAAUUUCGAGUAUUUAGUAGGAUUGCUAGUACUAGUAAAGAUAGUGACAUAACUAUUUUCGGUAAUAUCAAAAAGCUACCACAAGAAAUGUCAGAACGUAUGGAUGAAUGUUGGUAUACUUACAAGACUAGAUUGAACAAAACGUACACGACGAAGGAGGAGCUUGAAAGACGAGCAGCUUGGGAGAAGAACCUGCUGAAAAUUUACGAGCACAACUUGAUGGCUGAAGCAGGCCAUCAUACCUAUACAUUAAAAGACAACCAUAUUGCUGAUUUAUGUACAUACCAAUACAUGAAAAAUAUGGUAAAAUUAAAGCCAAGUCGUCGACGGAAAAUAAAUGACAAUGAAAUAGUUGGUGCCGUUCUCCACGAUCCCACAAGAAUUCCUACCAAUCUCGAUUGGCGAAAAAGGGGUUUCAACACUAUUGCAAUAGAUCAACGUGCAUGUGGUAGCUGUUAUGCUUAUUCAAUAGUGGAAAGUUUAAUGGGUCAAAUAUUCCAAAAAACUGGUAGAAUGAUUCCUUUAAGUGCUCAACAGCUCAUUGAUUGUAGUACAGUAACUGGAAACUUAGGAUGUAGUGGAGGAUCACUCAGAAAUACUCUAAAAUAUAUUGAAAAAGCUGGUGGAUUAAUGGAAGAAAGAAAUUAUCCAUAUGUAGCUGAGGAAGGUCGGUGCAAAUUCCAAAGAAUCCUCAGUAUCAUCAACAUUACAUCAUGGGCUAUUUUGCCAGCGAGAGAUGAACGAGCUUUGCAAGCUGCUGUGGCGACCAUUGGACCAAUAGCAGUUUCUAUCAAUGCCAGUCCACGGACAUUUCAAUUAUAUCACCAGGGAAUUUACGAUGACCCGCUAUGCAGUUCAGACACAGUAAAUCAUGCUAUGCUGUUAGUUGGUUACACACCACAGGAAUGGAUAUUAAAAAACUGGUGGGGUGAAAAUUGGGGUGAAGGUGGUUACAUGCGGAUAAGGAGAAAUAAAAAUCUUUGUGGAAUUGCUAAUUAUGCUGCUUAUGCUCGCAUAUGAAAUCAUUAUUUCGUCAACAUGCUUCGAUGAUAAACUACAUUGUCAUGGCUUCAACACGUCUAGAGCAGGUGGCGAAUUUGCGGUUAACUCACCACAUCAAGGCGCCCGACGCUCGUCUCGACAAUUCAACUAAACGCUCGCGUAAGCAAAGUUAUGACAUGACGCAACAUCAUUUGUUAUGACAUAACUUGACAUAAUAUUGAAUUGUUUUGUAGCAAAAGUGUCAUCAGACUAUUUCACGCAUCGUAAUUUCCAAUGAAGCUCUCAAUUCUCAUCAUGCAUCUACAUUGUUAAGCCAUAUUACAUUCGUUUCUUCUUCUCCUUCUUCUUUUCUUCUUGACAGUGUACUGAAUAUUAAUAUCAAAUAAUUUACACAUUUCAUUUUUCAUAAAAAAGACUUCUAGCUAAGAGUUAGUAUAGUACACUGUAGAAUCAUAUUUUACAUACUUGUUAACAAUUUUUUUUAAUUUAUUAUCUGACGACUAUGCAAAUAUUAU